UUUAAAAAUGUUAGACAUUCACUUUUUUUUCUUUUUAUGAUUGGACGUUUCGUCGAUACGUUACACACAGUCCCCUGAGAAUCCGUAAGAACAUCGAAUUUGAGAUUGCCAAAUAAUUAACAAAAUUAAGCAUGGAAGCGGAUGAUGUAGAGCUGGAUGUUGAAGGCAUAGAUGAUGAUGACCGGCCCUCAACGUCAUCAUUAGGUCUUGGAAUAGAUCCCAAUGAGCUACCAUCUGUCAGUUCUCAUCUUUCACCGGAGCUCUCCCAGCACCCAUGGCUUACGUUCGAUGAUCAGUUCAACCCUAACAUCCCUAAUGUAAUACUCCACGAUGAUAUGGAUGAAAGUAGCAGAGCCACUAUACAUCAGAUGAUCACAGAAGAACAUUCUUAUUUACAGACAAAGAAGUUAAUGAGACACAAGAAUAAAGGAAUGAAAACACUCUUCUCGGUGAAGAAAAAUGUUAAAAAAUGCACAAAAUGGACAAAAGCAGAAAAGGAUUUAUUCAAGAAAGGACUUGAAGAGUAUGGCCAUAAUUGGAAGGAGAUUUCAGACUUGGUGAAGACAAGGGACCCCAACCAGGUCAAGAAUUUCGCUCGAAAAUACCUCCUUAACCAGGCUGUUAAAGCGGAUGGGCAGGAUUUCUCCAGUAAAUGUUCAGUCAAAGUUCCUGAGAGUCUAGAUACUCACCAGCUACCAGUUGAUGAUGAUGACGAUGAGGAGGAUAUUGAUGUAGAAGAAACAUCUGACGAUGAGCAAAAGGAUCAAGGUCUCCAGUCAACCGUGUUAUUUGGGAAGAUCCUAAAAUCCUCAGUUCCUUUUGACCAUAGACACAACCUUGACAGCCAUCAAGCUGGAACGUCCAUUUUGUUGAUACCGAAGUUUGAACCCUCAGAGUCCCAACCUCCUGAAGUUGAUGACACCAAAUUAAAGACUGGAACUUACCAGGAUGAACGCUUCGCUUCUUAUGUAGCCGGCCCAGAAGGUCCAGUCCUUAUCAAGACUGAGAAGCCAUCAUCUGAAGAUGAAGAUGCUCUGACCAUAUGCCUCCCAGGACAGUCUGCAAAUCCUGCAGAACACAAGCAGCGGAAGAAAGGGAGGAAGGGUGGGAAAGUUCCUAGAAAAAGGGUGACUGCCAGUUCAGAGGAGGAGCGUUCCCUAUGCGAGGGCGAGUCGUCGGUCAUACCACCAGCUGUCGGUAGUGUAGCAGCGACGCAGGAAUCAAGUCUUCCGGGGAACUUUGGAUCUAGGAGAAGCUAUGGUCAAGGAUACCAGGAUGGGAUGGAACAGAAGAGAAUGAAGAUGGCUAUGACACCUUCAUUUGCAAAAGAGACAGGAGAGGUAGGGUUUGAGGGUAGUUCAGAGGAACAAGAUGGUAGGGAGUACAUGGAAAUAGAAGUUAAGAUGGAGAAGGAUCCUGAUGAUGGUCCUGAAGAUCUUACAACUCCUGAUUUAAAGACAGUGUUUCUAAGGAACAGAGAUUAUUCCCAACUAUGCAAUGAGAGACUUGACGGGAACUUGGUGGUUGAUAGAGUGGUGAAACGUGAACCUGACGUCGCUUCCUGUGCAGAUACCCAGCAUGCAUUGCAUGUGGAUGGUGGGCAGCGGAUUGACGAUGCCCGCUGUCCCCUUGACCUGAGUUUAAAGGAACCAAAGUAUAGAACAGUGCCAUCGUCUGAAAAACAAGGAAGUGGUGAUCCAUCAAGUUCCUCACCAAUGCAUAUUCCUAUACCAACGACUGCUGGAGCAUCCAAUAAAGUUGAGAAGAUUGUUAACUUCAAAUCGUCCAAGGAGAACCAAGACAAUGAUGAUAAAGAUACAGUGGGUAACGUGGGUCAUGGUUUUCAAAUGUCAAGUGAUGUUGGUCAAUCAAGAGUAGGAGAAGACGGUGGUGUUGACUACAAUGGAUUUGAGGAAGAGUCUGAAGAGGAGAUUAUCGAACUUCCCAAGGAGGAAGUGACCCUUGACCCCGGACAUGUGACUGAUGGAGAGAAAGAGGCUCAUCCGGUCUUCUUUGAUUACACCAGCAGUGCCUUUACGCCUGAGAGAUAUCUCACCAUAAGAAAUCAUAUCAUCCAGUGUUGGUUAAAGACCAAGCCAGGCUACCUGAAUAAAACCUCAGCAAGGAAUGGAUUAAGGAACAGUUGUGAUGUUAACCAGAUAGGAGCCAUUCACCGAUACCUGGAGUCUAUUGGAGCAAUCAACUUUGGAGCAACCAACCCAUUAGAACAGAGUCAAAGGAAAAGAAGGAGUACCCUUGAACGUUGGUCCCACUUACAAGAUUCUGAUACCAAGACUAACAGGCUGGAAUCGAUGAGACCAAGGAAACAGGUCUACAGGAAGUACUCUGAGGGUGUUGAAGAAGGUUCCGGGAUCGAGAAACCAAAAAAUUUCAACAUGGCAUCCAGCCAUGAACAAUGCAUGGGACAAUACGGUCAACUUUGUGCUCAAGAGACGAUAGCUGUCGAGAAUCCAGAUGGCGAGAGACCAUGCAACAAGGAAGAAUAUGAGAAGAUAGUAGUUAAAGAUGAUGUCUAUUAUCGUGGUGUGUGCUAUGAAGACUUUGAGACGAGGUGUCAUCCUAAAGACAAAAUAAAGCAAGUAGGAAAGGAAAUGGCGGAACAACAUGGACUUUCUUACAGCUGGCAAGAAGAUAGAAAUCUCUUCUUUUUGAUCUGUGUGAAAGACAGCAACGUAGUGGUGCCAAAAUGCAUUACCGUAUUUCACGAUGGUACGUGGGACGUAUCGGUGGUCGGGAAUAAGUUGGACUCCAGUUCUGACCUACUUCGAGGUAUCCCAGAAGUACUGGAUGAAGUAUCAGCCAAAGUUUUAGUGGAAAGGGUUGCCAAAGCAAAGAUCUGUAAGGGAAAUGAAGAAUAUGUGUCAUUUUUGAGAGACCGGGACAUGAAGGGCUAUGCCAUUGACUCUUACCAGUCUGUCGAGACAGUACGAAGUACCAAGUGUAAACUGUUCAGUGGCGACAAGGACAGGUGCUGCGUGUGCACCAUUCUGCGAAGUGAUCUAGCUUCCAAGAAAAGAAGAAUAGACAAAAUGAAUUCCGAAAUGUGUACUGACGUGUCCUCCAAAGUCAAUCUGAACUCUCUGACGAAGAACCAGUUGAUAGAGAGGGCCAGAAACCUACAAAGGGAGCGCAAGCAGUUGUUGAAGCAACAGCACAGACUGAAGGAAAGGUUCGAUCAUUUGUUUGGAGAUAAGAAUGUUCCUAAAAAGACUGGGAAAGACGUGGCCCAAGCAUCGGGUGAAAAUGAAACACUCGUUGAAAAUGAGUCAUCAAGUGAUGAUUCAUGCUAGAGUCAGAUGGAGGCCCGCCAAAGUGGUGACAAAAACUAGAUCGUCUGGUGGUAUCCAGCCAUCAUUCCCAAGACUUUAAACUGAUAUAAACUGAUUAUGGAAAGUGGAUUCCAGAUUUUAGCUGAAAUUGGAACAUUGGACAGCUGAAAGACAGGAGUAAAAUGUCAGAUAAUCUAUAAAAAAAUAUGUCCGAACAUAAAAAAGCACUACCAUAAAUAGAGACCAUUGGCUGUGAUUAAUGAGACUCAAUCCUGGUAUAGAAUAUUCUACAUCAACCAGACAAAUGCUUAUUUUUCUUUAAUGUGAGAAGUAAAAACAAAUGUAAUGUCUUUGAAAGAUGUGACGUUGGGCUUGGAAGAACCGACCCCUCGUGUGUUUAUAAUGAUUUAUGCAAUAUGUUGUUCCAUGGAGCAAACCUUAGAUUUUUGGCCGUACAUGUUCCAUUCAAAGUGGGAGUCUAAUAGUGUAAUGAGAACUCUUGUGAAGGUUGCAACACCUGGACUCAAAUGCUGUCAGAUAACAAAAUUCAGAAUAUCUUGUUGAUGAUGAGUCACCAUGUAAUCUGUUAUGUCAUGAUCAUGUGGAAGCUCACAGAAGCGGUGGACUCAAAUAUCUGGACUCUUUGUCGGACAGAGCAUCUUGCUACCGAAACCUUGAAAAGACAUACAUGUACAGCAUUGGUGAGCAUGUGGGACAUAAUACGUGCGAUUCCUGUCGACACUGAAAGGAGUAUUUAUUUCUUCUUGGUGGAUGGUGUGAAGGGAAUUCGUUUGGCAGUUGAAACAGCUACACUCUCAGUUAUGUCAGACAGCAUCAGACGAAAUUAAAAAAGUUGUUAAAGAUUAGUCAUCAUGUAAUGUGUCAUGCCAGGAGCAGAUGGAGGCCCACUGAAAUUCUGGACUACAAGUACUUUGGACAUUGAGAAGGAGGAUGUAUUUCUUCAUCAAUAUAACUCAUCUUCCUGAACAUGUUAAAUUGAUAACAAACGUAAUGGCUACCAGACCAACUUGCUUAUUGAUGAGUUGGUGGUUGGACGAGAUGGUGACUGGACUAUGUGGACCGUCUGAUAAUAGACAAAACGAUACUGGACCAUAUGACGAGUAGAUGGGAGCGGAUGGCAGCAGAGAAAAGGGACAGAUUCCCUUCUGAU